GUAUAAAUUGGAAGCUUAAGAUACAAUUGUUCUAUACUUAUAGUAGGUAGUUGAACUCAUCUUCAAGAAAACCCUCUCUCAAAUCUUGCAAAACCAAAUACUCAUCAUUAUCAAGAACAACACCCUCAUUUUCUCCUUUUAUGGCACCUAACAUGGAAACCAAUAUUGUUGGGACAAAUCAAACUAACAAAAAAGUCACUCAAAAUCCUCCAAAACUUCCCAUGGAUGGUCUACAAAGAACAAUAUCCGAUAUCUCAUUUGAACUUAGCAAAGAAGUAGUAAUAUCUGAUGAUAAUGAUAAUAAGAAGCUUCCUCCAAUUUCAGAAGUUGAAGAUGCCAAGUGUGAGUGUUGUGGCAUGUCUGAGGAAUGCACACCUAACUAUAUUAAGAGAGUUAGGGAGAAAUUUUCAGGGAAAUUGAUUUGUGGGUUGUGUUCUGAAGCAGUGAAGGAAGAGAUGGAGAAGAAUGGAGGCAAAAGAUUAGAAGAGGCUUUAAAUGAGCAUAUGAAUGCAUGUUCUAAGUUUAAUAGGUUUGAUAGGGCUUAUCCUGUGCUUUUUCAAGCUGAGGCCAUGAGAGAAAUCUUGAAAAAGAAUAGAGCUAAGUCUCUUAGCCCUAGAGAUCCUAUGGGUAAUGGUCCAAAGAAAGGUGGAAUUUCUAGGAGUUCAAGUUGUAUUCCGGCCAUUACCAAAGAUAUUGAUACUCGUAAAAUUGUUGACUGAGUUCAGCAAGUCAAGGAGAACGUUAAUUUGCUGAUACUAUUACCAGUAUUCGGUACUUGGUCAGAUGUUAAAAGUGAGAUUAUGAAUCGUGAUUCAUGAUUCACGAACCUCUCUCUAACUAGAAAUUUGAUAAGAGAAGUGCGAAAGGAUUGCAGGCUAGGAUCGUUUAUUAUAUUGUCAGUGAGUAUAACUUAUUUAAAUCUAAUUGUUCAUCACUUUAGUACGAACCUUCAGGUUACAUCCAUCAAAGGAAGCUCUCCUAUAGCUUUAGGAUUGUUAAUAUGGUAGAUCAACUCAGUUGGGGAGGCUGGUGCUACAUAGAAUAACGUAACUGCUUUUUCUACAGUGUUGUAUAAUCUUUCUAACCACUGGGAUUCUUGUAUGUACUUCUUAGUGAAGUUCUUAAAUUAAUCUUAUUGGUCUAUGUUUAAUUUA